AUGUUGACGUCGCAGGAAACCAUUCCUUCGAAUCCUCAUUCUGUGCAGAAAAAACCUGUCAAGCGGACAGAAGUUAAAAUUAACGGGGCAGGACAGAAUCUGUACUACCUCGACCCUGUUUGCCCUUAUUGCAGAGCAAAGAAAAUCGCUUGUCAUCAUCGGGCAAUGUACGACGAUUUCGGUAACCUCGUCAGAGCAGCCGAAGAGCCCCCGAAGCUCGAUGAUCCCAAGUCGGCUUCCAGCCAGCUGAAGAAGACCUUGAAAUUCAUAACACCCCUCGUGCCUGUCGGGACUGAGGGCGAGGUCGCAGCCAAAACGGAAUCAGCCUCACAGCGUCCUCGUCGAUCCAACGCUGGCAAGCGCAAGCUUGAUGAUACCUCGCUCGAGCAUACAGCACCGACCGAUUCGAAGCGUCAGAAACCAGACGGGAGGAAGCCAGCUCGCAAGCCUCGCGAAAAGACGCCAAUUCCGAUCGUAGUUGUCGAAGACACUGAAGCCGGGACGGUUUCAGUAUCUUCUCCUGGCACUGAACUUUCCAAUCCUCCUCCUGCCAAUUUCCCUCCUACUGCGACCCAGCAUGGUGGAAACAUCAAUCCUUCCAUCGACAUGGCCUGGCACAGGGGCAUGACCAAUCUUCUCGAGAAGCACAUCAGCGAAACCAUGCAGAAAUGGGAGAUGCUGCAAAGCACCAUCAUAGAGGCCGAGAAGCAAUGGGAAGAAGUUCAAAAAUCAAUGCAGGCUACAAAGAGCUUUAUGAAUGAAUGGACUUCGCGCUGGACAAUGAGCGAUGCUUUUACGUUGUAG